UCCUGUAAAGUUAUUUUUCAUCUCUCAAGCAUCCACAUGUAAAACUCCUUCAUCAUAUACAACGUCUUGGUCCGUGGCGGAGGCUGACAUUGGUGACGGUGCCCUAAGAUGCUGAUCUCGUGCUAAUGACGAUGCACGUAGGUGGUUUCGCGGUCGAACAUGUUAGAGCCGCUUCCGACCACACGCACAGAGAAUAACCCUACGAUAUCAGAAAUAGAACUAACAAAGAAACCUAAUCCGUUCAAAACCGUUUGAUCAAAUCUGAUUUUUUUUUUUCCGAGCGAAUUAGAGAACUGACAAAAUUGAAGCAUUUCGUUCUCGCAUGUUCUUCCGCUUUGGACAUGAGAGAUAGCCUGUUCGAUUGUUGUCAGAAGUCGUCGUGGGGCGCUGCUGGUGCGACGAUGGCCGGAUCGGCGACGCUAAGGCUCUUUUCACGAGGUCUCCUUCCACGCUGCGGCGUCUCACGAGCGAGUUCGUCAUUGCCAACCGCCACAUGUUGAACCCAUUCGGUGCAUAUUGUUACAUUGCCGGGCGAGAACCGAAGAUGGUGAGUUGUAAACCUCAAAAUUUUGUGUAUGCUUUGAGCUUCUGGUGGUGGAUCACUUGUAACCACGUUACCUCCCAAAAGAACAGUUUGAAGCCUGGAGAAAAUCUGAGUUCCUGGGGCCUGGUUCGUUCUGAAAACGGUUAUGGCCUUGGGUUUCAAACACUUGACAACUGCUGUUACUUGAUCAUAUCAGGUUUAGCCCCCAAAUAUGAGUAUUGGCCGGCUUGGGUUGGUAAUAGAAAUCAACCUGUUGACAGGCAUGCAAGGCUGUUGCUAAGCCGCUCCGGUGUGCUGAAAAUAGAAUCCAAACAUAGUAAACCCAUCAUCCUUUAUUCUUCACCACAACCUUCCAAAAACACUGUGGCCACCUUGUUGGACACAGGCAACUUUGUGCUGCAACAACUUCACCCCAAUGGAACAAACACUACGCUGUGGCAAAGUUUUGAUUACCCUACUGAUAAUUUGUUCCCUGGGAUGAAGUUAGGUGUGAAUCACAAGAGUGGUCAUAAAUGGUCACUGGUUUCGUGGUUGACUUCUGAAAAACCAAGUCUUGGGGCAUUUGAACUUGAAUGGGAACCCACUGAAAGGGAAUUGAUCAUCAAGCGAAGAGGAAAAUUGUGUUGGGCAAGUGGGAAACUGGAAAACGGUGGAGUCAUGCACGACACACAUUACGUGAUUGUCUCAAACGAAAACGAAAGCUACUUCUCAAUCACCACUUUCAAUGAAGAGCAUACAAGAUGGGCGCUUUUAGAAACUGGGCAGCUGAUAAAUCGGAAUGGAGUUGAUAAUAAUGUUGCGAGGGCUGAUCUGUGUUAUGGCUACAACGAAGAUGAAGGGUGCCAACGAUGGGAGGAGAUACCCUUAUGUAGGCAUCGUGGUGAUGUAUUUGACAGCAGGGUAGGGUACCCCAAUGAAAACAUGGCAACCCUUCUAGAAAAUUCGAGUUAUGGCCUAAGUGAUUGUCAGGAUAUGUGCUGGAGAAACUGCACUUGUUUUGGAUUCACAUACUUUGAUGAUGAUGAUGGAACUGGUUGUGUGUUCUUUCUGUGGAACUCUACGACAGGUACUACUGUUGCAAGUGGGGGCCAUAAGUUUUUCGUACUUACAAACAAAUCCCAUAACAAAGGUAAAAAAAUGUGGAUAUGGAUAACUGUUGUAUCAGUAGUAGCUGCUCUGUUAAUAAUCUGUGCAAUUGCUCUUGCCAUAAAGAAAACUAAAAGUCUGCUUGAAGAGAAAAAAAGAAAAGGGGUGGCUGAGAAUAAUAUGGCAGAUUUAGCAACAUCAAAUAGAUUCUCUGAUGUCAAUGCCGUUGACAAUGAAUUCAAGAUGGUACAAAAUCUAAAUGUGUUUCACUAUACAUUAGUAUUGGCGGCAACAGACGAUUUUUCUCCUGAAAACAAAUUAGGGCAAGGAGGAUUUGGACCUGUUUAUAAGGGAAUCCUUCCUUCUGGGCAUGAGGUUGCCAUAAAAAGACUUUCGAAAACAUCAAGACAAGGAAUUGUAGAAUUCAAAAAUGAAGUGGUGCUUAUAUGUGAACUUCAGCACACGAAUCUUGUACAACUACUUGGGUAUUGUAUUCAUGAAGACGAAAGGAUUCUGAUAUAUGAGUUCAUGUCAAACCAAAGCUUAGAUUACUAUCUAUUUGAUUGUAACAGAAGCAAGUUAUUGGACUGGAAGAAGCGAUUCAAUAUAAUAGGAGGAAUCUCUCAAGGAUUACUCUACCUUCAUAAGUACUCGAGACUAAAAGUAAUUCAUAGAGACUUGAAAGCUAGUAACAUACUUCUUGAUGAGAAUAUGAAUCCUAAAAUUUCUGAUUUUGGAUUGGCAAGAAUGUUUACACAGGAAGAAUCCAUGAGAAAUACUAGUAGGAUUAUUGGAACCUAUGGUUACAUGUCUCCUGAAUAUGCCAUGGAAGGAAUUUUUUCUACAAAAUCUGAUGUAUACAGCUUUGGAGUGUUGCUGCUUGAAAUUGUUAGUGGGAGAAGAAACACUAGCUUAUAUGAUGUUGAUCUCCCUCUUAAUCUAAUAGGACAUGCGUGGGAGUUAUGGAAAGAAGGUGAACCUCUCCAAUUAGUAGAUCCAUCAUUGAGUGAGUCAUUUGAUAUUGACGAAGUGAAAAGAUGCAUUCAAGUGGGUCUCUUAUGUGUAGCACAAUAUGCAAAUGACAGACCAACAAUGUGUGAUGUUGUAUCAAUGUUAACAAAUGAAAGUUCAAAACUUAGCUUGCCUCAAAAACCUGCUUUCUAUUUGGAAAGAAGUUACUUUGAUAACAAAACGUCUUCUGAAGAGUUAAAUACUAACUCUAUGGAAGAAAUUACUACUUCCACCUAAGUUGUAGAACGAGAUUUUGUUUAUCUGCAUUUUUUUUUUUGUAAAGUUUAAUCUCCCAUAAUUAGUUAGCUUAUUUGUAUAGGGUUUAAUAUCAAUUUUAGUUCUCUA